AUGACGGCAUAUGGUCGUGUAUCAGAUUUGUUGCCCAAUUUCAUUUUGAACAACAAUCUAUAUGACAUUUGGAGACGAAAGAACCCAGACAAAAGGGAAUUCACUCGUCAGCAAGUAUUUAAAGCUAUAGCGGAAAAACUUUGUGGUUGGGGUGUGAAGCCUGUUUCGCCAAUAUCAAGAAGAUCUUUUGAAUUUAAUGGUAGAAGGAAAUUUGAUGGUACCAGGUGCUCAAAACAAGGUCAUGGCAAAAGAUCAUGUGAAGCAAUCUUUUGCAAAAGAUGCAGAAGGUAUGAUUGGCAGUGUGACUGUGUUGUUGCUGAAUCGACAUUGUUUGAUGAUGAAAUUGUUAUUGAAAAUUAUGAAAAGGUUUCCAUUGGUGCAAGUUCUUGUGACUCUGGUGGAAAUGGUGAUAAUUCUGUUAAUGGUGAUAAUCAUGAUGGAAAUGGUGAUAAAUCUGGUGGAAAUGGUGAUAAUUCUGGUGGAAAUGGUGAUAAUUCUGAUGGAAAUGGUGAUAAUUCUGAUAAAAAUGGUGAUAAUUCAAAUGGAAAUGGUGAUAAUUCUGAUAUGAUUGAUGGUAAUUCUUAUAAGAAUGAUGGUAAUUCAGAAAAUAAUGUUGGUAAUUUUGAUAGCAAUUCUGGAAAAAGCAAUAUCAAAUCUGAUAAUAUUUUUAAUAAAACUUUAGAAAAUGUUGUUGCAAAUAUUUGUAAUUUAUAUGUAACCUGA